AUGUCAUUUCUCCUCCUGUGUCCUAACAGCUUGUUGUGGGUGCUGUCAAGGCACAUUAGAUUGCAUCAGUUCAACACCGGAAAUUCAUUCAAGACAUUUUUCCAGGCUCUCUGGUGGCUGCUGUUGGGAAUAAUCCUACUUUGCUCUCCAGCACAUUGUUCUGUUUUUAAAAUUGGACUGCUCGGACCCUGGAACUGUGACCCCUUCUUUUCCAAAGCCUUUCCCCAUGUGGCUGCCAGGUUAGCAGUGGGACGAUUAAGCAAAGAUCCUUCACUAGAUCUUGGCCACAGGCUGGAUUAUGUGGUCCUGCAAGAGGAAUGUGAGACAUCAAGAGCUCUGGUUAGAUUCAUUGACUUUCGAAAGCUUUCCUCAGCUUUCAUAGGCCCUCUAAACCCUGGCUUCUGUGAGGUGGCUACACUUUUAGGGGAAAACUGGAAUAAAGCCAUCUUCUCCUGGAUGUGCAUCAAUUAUAAACUGGAUUCCACCAUCCACCACCCUACAUUUGCAAGGACCUUGCCCUCUCCAACCCGAGUUUUGUUUACAAUAAUGAAAUAUUUUAACUGGGCUCAUGUUGGCAUCAUUUCUUCCAAUGAGGAUAUUUGGAUGGACACAGCCAACAAGUUAGCGAGUGCACUCAGGAACCAGGGGCUUCCUGUAGGCAUUGUCACAUCCAUGCAUAAAGGAAAAAAAGGCAUUGAAGACACCUGGAAUGAGAUUAAAGAAGUUGAUGGCAUUAGAAUUAUACUCCUGUGCAUGCAUUCUGUGUUCAUUGGAGGGGAGGAACAGGCCACCUUACUCACAAAAGCUCUGGAAAUGGGACUAGCAGAUGGAAGAUACGUCUUUGUUCCAUAUGACACUUUACUGUACAGUCUUCCUUACCAAAACAACACAUUCAACAUCUUUGAUAAUGACAGCAAGCUCCAGGAAGCAUAUGAUGCUGUGCUGACUAUCACACUGGAGUCUGGAGAAAGGACUUUCUAUGAUGCAUUCAGGGAAGCUAAAGAAGGUGGUGAAAUAACCAUGGAUUUGGAAGCCACCCAGGUUUCUCCACUAUUUGGAACAAUCUAUGAUGCCAUUUACUUCAUGGCAAUGGCUGUAGACAGUGCUUGGAGGAAAGGAGUCAGAAUCUCAGGAGCUAACAUAGCUGAGCACACCAAAAACUUCAGUUUCCCUGGAUUUAGUCACCGGGUAGAGACAGACAACUAUGGUAAGGGGCUGAGCAACUAUGUGAUACUGGACACAGAUGGUCAUGGGAACCAGCUCUUCCCAACCCACUUGCUGGAUAUGUCUUCAGAGUCUGUGAAGUCCCUAGGCCGGGCCAUCCACUUUCCCAGUGCAGCUCCACCCAAGCCAGACUCCAGCUGUUGGUUUGAUCCAGAUGUGCUCUGCACUGGAGGGAUUGAGCCUACAGUCAUGAUUUUGGGAAUCAUGCUGAUAUUUGCCCUGGUGCUUUGUGCUGUGGGCCUGGCUUCUCUCAUCAGGUAA